CUCUGCCUUGUGACGAGAAAGAAUGCAAUGCCCGUAGCGACUGUCUGUGUGCGAGCACGGCGCCCCCUGGCGGCCUCGACCCAGCCGACGUUCCACAGAUGGUCAUCAUUGGAUGGGACAGCGCCAUUCGGCUGCAGCAGGACUUCCGGUGGUUUAUGAACCUCGUGUUCAGCAAGAACGCGGGCCGUGACCGCCGCGUGAACCCUAACGGAUGUCCGGCUGUCGGCACUUUCUUCCCGACGCACAUCUACAGUGACCUGUACGGACUGCAGUAUCUUUACUACCAGGGUCACGAGAUGUCCACACUCUCCAUCACACAGAAGCUUCCCAGUCAGUGGUGGAGCCGCGCCAGCAUUGACCAGCUGAACGAGGAAAUCUCCAACCACCGCGUCAUCCUUGACCUCUUCUCCGGGGUCAACCCUGCGACGGUGCAAGGCGCGCGCAUGCCCUACCUGGAGGUCAACAACAACUACUUCCAGAUGCUCAUAGAGAGCGGCUUCUCCUGGGACUCCUCUCUACCCACGCAGCAGGUUUCUCCUCCGAUGUGGCCACACACGCUAGACUUCCGCACACCGCUGACGGACGAAUGCAUCGUCCUCGGCUGCCCGACCCUCACCUUCCCCGGACUCUGGGAGUUCCCUCUCAUCGACUGGACGCACCCUAACGGCACCAUCUGCGGGAACGUCCCCGACGCGUGCCCCCACUACGACACGGAAAAGGAAACCUACGAAUGGCUUCGCGUCAACUACGAUCGCCACGCCCGCGGCAACCGCGCCCCCUUCACGCUCAACCUGCGCGCGGCGUGGUUCGAGGCGGAUCUGAUCGACUACGGCGGCACGGGCGCGCGCGCCAUGUCGCGCUUCCUCGACGAACUCGAGGCAGACGACAGCGUCUACUUCGUGUCCGUCUCGCAGGCGCUGGCGUGGAUGCGCAACCCGACCCCGCUCAGCACCAUACGCAGCUUCGCGCCGUGGCUGUGGUGCGACGCCGACGGCGUCAGGAAGGACCUGACGCUGCCGCUGUGCACGGUGACGCAGGCGACCGAGCAGUGCGUCUACAACGUGACGCAGCCGUACUGGCAGGAACCCCAGGAGGUGUCGUACUACACAUGCGCCGAAUGCUCGCCCGAGUGGCCGUCGCCCGGCAACCCGAGAGGUGAUCCCCGUCUCUAGAGGUCAUCCAACCGGAAACCAGGCGGGAGAGGGCAUCUAGAGGUCAUUCAACCGGAAACCAGGCAGGAGAAGGCAUCUAGAGGUCAUCCCACCAGAAACCAGGCAGGAGAGGGCAUCUAGAGGUCAUCCCACCGGAAACCAAGCGGGAGAGGGCAUUUAGAGGUCAUCCAACCGGAAACCAGGCAGGAGAGGGCAUCU